CACCGGCUGUAUUGCGGUCCAAUGAGCGCCGAGGGACGCCUGUUUCCUCACUUCCUCUGCUGUUCUGACAGGAUUUGGCCCGAUCCAACCCGUGAGUAGCCAUUUUGGUCCCACCUAAAACACUAGCCUCAUUCUGAAUCGGAGAUGGAAGAAAUUGAGCCGACAGCGAGUCAGAAAGAUAAACGCUAUUGAAACUCAGGAAUACAGACGGACAGGACAUCAAGGCACACAAGGAUUGCGUUACAAAAAGGAGCGAUUUUGGGACCGGUGACAACAACCAUCUGCCGUCCUUUCUGUCCGAGUGCUAUUCUAGCCUAGAUUGGAGCCAGUCUCUGAUAAUUACUUAAAUUUAAGAGGCCAUGUAUGGAAUUUUAAAAUAAAAAUAUAGCUUAUCAACCUUCAUUCUCAAUAUAAAUGACUAUAUACCGAGUGAGCGUUAUAGGGAAAUAGAUGUCAUCACACUUUUUCUGCGUCCUCGGGACACCUUGAGACACAUUUGGAUUGGAUGGACCGAUGUUGAGUCAGUAUCCAGAACCCAUGGUUUUGGUCCAGAAGCAAGAGUACAAUCGCCACCCCUUGUAUUGCCAAAGAAGGUGCAGAAUUGAAUCAUCCGGGAAAUAGAGGCAACAUUCACCGAGAAUAAAAUGUCAACAAAAACUCCACUACCUACGGUCAAUGAGAAAGAGGCGGAAAGCCAUACGGCUCACAGCAAUGGGCGCCAGGAAGUCACCACGCGCUCUGUCCGCUCGGGAGUCCGCACCCGAAACUCUGGUGCCGACGAGCAGCCUCAUGUGGGGAACUAUCGGCUCCUGAAGACCAUUGGGAAGGGCAACUUCGCCAAGGUCAAGCUGGCCCGCCAUAUCCUCACUGGCAGAGAGGUGGCAAUAAAGAUCAUCGACAAGACACAACUAAACCCAAACAGCCUUCAAAAGCUCUUCAGAGAAGUAAGAAUAAUGAAGCUUUUAAACCACCCAAAUAUAGUCAAGUUGUUUGAGGUGAUCGAGACCGAGAGGACGCUGUACCUGGUGAUGGAGUAUGCCAGUGGAGGAGAGGUCUUUGACUACCUUGUUGCACACGGAAGGAUGAAAGAAAAAGAGGCCAGGGCUAAAUUUAGACAGAUCGUAUCUGCUGUGCAGUACUGCCACCAGAAGCACAUUGUCCAUAGAGACCUGAAGGCAGAAAACCUGCUGUUGGAUGCAGACAUGAACAUUAAGAUAGCAGACUUUGGUUUCAGUAAUGAGUUCACCAUGGGGAACAAGCUGGACACGUUCUGUGGCUCCCCACCCUACGCCGCCCCGGAGCUGUUUCAGGGGAAGAAGUACGACGGGCCCGAGGUGGACGUCUGGAGCCUAGGGGUCAUCCUUUACACCCUGGUCAGCGGCUCGCUGCCCUUCGAUGGGCAGAACCUCAAGGAGCUCAGGGAGCGGGUUCUAAGGGGAAAAUAUCGUAUCCCCUUCUACAUGUCCACAGAUUGCGAGAACCUCCUCAAGCGCUUCCUAGUGCUCAACCCGGCCAAGCGGGGGACUUUCGAGGUGAGGGACGACAGCGAAAAUCAAAUCAUGAAGGACCGCUGGAUCAACGUGGGAUCGGAGGAGGACGAGCUUAAGCCUUUUGUAGAACCAGAACAGGACAUCACGGAUCAGAAGAGAAUAGAUGUAAUGGUGGGGAUGGGCUUCUCUCCAGAGGAGAUCCAGGAGUCUCUGGCCAAGAUGAAGUAUGAUGAGAUCACUGCCACCUACCUGCUGCUUGGGAGGAAGUCUUCUGAGCUGGAACCCAGUGAGUCAACCUCCAGUAGCAACCUGUCCCUGGCCAAGCCCCGGCCCACCAGCGAGCUCAAUGGCCAGUCUCCCUCCCACCUCAAAGUCCAGCGGAACAUCUCCUCCAACCAGAAACAGAGACGCUACAGUGACCAGGUGGGUCAGAAUGUUCCCCAAGGGUCCGGAUACCCCAAGAGGAGCCAGACCAGCACGGCCGAAAACAACAUCAAAGAGGAGGGAGGGGUGCAGCUACGCAAACCCAACACCCCCGGCGGGCGCAGUGUCCCCCCCUCCAGUCCCCUGCUGGGGAACGCCAACAACCCCAACAAAGCUGAUAUUCCCAAUGGCAAGAAGGGUGUUACCCCCGUCCCCAAUAAUAACACUGGCUCAGGCGGGAUGACAAGGAGAAAUACGUACGUGUGCAGCGACAAGAACGCUACGGACCGGCUCUCUGUCAUUCCCAAUGGGAAGGAGAAAAGUGUGGCCGUGUCUCCUGGCCAGCGGAACCCUGUGGUGUCCACCCACAGCAUCACCAGCGCCACCACGCCCGACAGACUACGUUUCCCACGAGGCACAGCGAGCCGCAGCACCUUCCACGGCGGCCAGCUGAGGGAGCACCGCACGGCCACCUACAAUGGGCCCCCAGCCUCACCCACGCUGUCCGACGACGCCGCGCACCUUACCCAGACUCGCAGCCGCGGCUCCAGCAACCUCUUCUCCAAACUCACCUCCAAACUCACCCGCAGAAACAUGUCAUUCAGGUUUACCAAAAGGGUCAGUAUUGACCCGGCCAAACGGCAGACGGCCAAAUCAGGGCCUGCCAUCCCUUCUUCCCAGGGAGCAAAGACUCUUAAGCGGAAGAUAUCGAAAGUUAUAGGAAGUCGCAGAUGGAGACCUAAAGUAAGGGAUCAUUUCAACCCUUAUGUCCCCACAAGAGUUAGGCUCAACUUUGUAUGUCAGAGUUCUGUGUGGAGAGAACAAACUCAUAUACAACAUGGUUACAUGGUCACAUUCCCUUCUCUCUAGAAUGUGUAUGUGACACUCCCAGCCCCAGAUACAGUCUCAGUACUUCUCUUGUCCCUCAUCCCACUGGCUAGAGGCUUCUAUCUUGCCCACUAACUAAACCCUCCGGGAAUCAAACUUUCUCUACCCUCCUGUAGACUCAUUUCAGAGCUAGUCUGCAUGUCUGCAGCACAAAACUCAUUAGGGUCUGUGGACAUGGUAUGCAGUCCGACAAUGGCCCUGUAACUGCUUGCCUAAUUGUCUUUCAAGCCAACCCCCUCUCCUCUAAAUAUAACCAGUGUCACAUAGAGGGAAGACACAUGGGACAUGUUAGAGGAUGUCUAGAGGACCUCUGUCCUGCUGUCUGUCAACCUCGAGAAUAGACUGCAUGAGAGCUCCCGCAACAGCCCCAGUCUGCAUGCACUGACCCUAAUACACAACGUGUGUAUUAGACGUGUGGGUGUGUGGACUGUAGUUCCACUGUAUGGUUUUGUUUUUGUCUUGUUUGGGUGAAUCUCGUCAUGUCAAGAAACGUAUCCAAGCUGUCAUACCGUCACUCAACACAUUUCCAUUCCUGUAUCCCCUUGCUCUAUGUGGUCUGUUGAAGCACUUUUUGUUAGUUUGAACACCGGCGAGACUGAUCAGUGUGACCAGUUCAAAGUCUCUUUUCCCAUUGAUUCUGCACAGGGUUCAUGUCAACACUUCCAUAUUGAGGUUAUAGAUAUUUGGCGGUGGCUUUCUUGUUUCUAAAUACUUCUACACCAAUGUGGAUGCUACCAUGAUUACGGAUAAUCCUAAAUUAAUUGUGAAUAAUAAUGAAUCCACAUGAAUGUAGAAGUGUUUUAAAAACAUAUUCUUAUUUACAAUAAAAGUGACUCCAAAAUGACACACAAUACAUUAUUUACAAUUCAUUUCUAUUGGGUACAAAAUCAUCUGAAACACAACCAAAACAAACACCAAAUGCAUCCAACAAAUGUAGAGUCAAGCUUUGCGUGUUGUGAAUUUGGGAACAAUUAACUAUUUACUACUUUAAUAUAAAUAAGUGAAUUUGUUCCAAUACUUUUAGUCCCCGAUAAUGGGGUGGGGAGGACUAUGUACAAAACGUGCUGUAAUUACUAAACGGUUCACCCGAUAUGGACGAAAAUACCUUCAAAUUAGUCAGUGUCAUUUCAAAUCCAAAGUGCUGGAGUACAGAGCCAAAACAUGUGUCAAUGUCCCAAUACUUUUGGAGCUCACUGUAUGUUAUAUCUCUCAUCCUUGAAAUGACAAAAUACUCUCUUUGGAAGUCCACAUGUGUUUUUUCUCUUUUUCCUAAUCUUGCUCUGCUUCCUCUACAACUGUCAGAGUCUCAACCGAGUUUGAGAGAAACGGGAGAUUUGAGGGCUCAAGGUGAGGUGUAUGUUGUUGCUUUCGCAACCUGAUAUUUCUGUGACGACAGGCUUGAUAUCAUUUCACUCCCAGCUCUGUUCUCCAUUCUGUCAGUCAACCAGUAGUCCCAUCUGUCUAUCCAUAGGUCCUUCACCUUUUCCCCAUGGAAGUGGUCUCUGUAUGUGAUUACGGGUGUGGUUAUUUUGUGGUUUCCUCUGAGUGGUGUGCUGCAUGACCAUCUGUUCCCUGUAUGCUUUGCUAAUUUGAUCAACACCUUGCAUUAGUUUGUCUAUUCAUGAUACCGAGCCAUAAACAGAUAUGACAAUGACUAAACAUAGGGGAAAAUGCAGAGCUUUAGAUAAUUCAUCUUCUCUUUCUCCCUCUUCUCAGUCGCAAUGUACCUGGGGAUCAGAAAGGGGAAAGUAAAGACGGUAAACCCCGCUCCCUCAGAUUCACUUGGAGUAUGAGGACCACCAGCUCCAUGGAGCCUUGCGACAUCAUGGAAGAGAUACGCAAGGUGCUCAAC